AUGACGAUGCCGAAAAAUUGCAGCCCUGCCUGUCUUCUCUCCAAUAACGCCAAAUGGGCUGACGAUAUCAAGAAGGAAGAUCCAGAGUUCUUUCGAAACCGGUGCACCGACUCCAACGAGCCUGUCACCGCGGCUCUAAAGCCCCCAGUCCUCUACAUCGGGUGCUCCGACUGGCGCGUGCCCGAGUCCGCCGUCUCCGCGAUGCUCCCGAACGGCAUCUUCGUGCACCGGAACAUCGCGAACCAGUUUCAUCCCAAAGACGACAGCGCACUCUCAGUGCUCGCCUACGCGGUCGAGAACCUGAGAGUCACGCAAAUCAUCGUCGCCGGCCACACCGACUGCGGCGGCGCUAAAGCAUCCCUCAAUGCUGCGCACGCCUCCCCGCCGCGGCCGCCGUCUGACCCGCUCGCGCGCUGGCUGGCGCUGCUCACCGAGAUCGCGGGCGCGUACCGCCCGGAGGACCUCACGGAGCUCAUCGAGGCGAACGUGCGCCAGCAGGUGCAGAACAUCGCGAAGACGGAAGUGGUGCAGGCCGCAUGGGCGGCGGCCAAUGCGAAUGUGAAGGAGGACGUUGACUUGCAGGUGCAUGGGUGGGUGUAUGAGCUUGAGACGGGCCAUAUUCGUGAUCUGGGUGUCUCGGUGGGAAAGAAGGGCGACAUCGUAGUCCGGCCUUUCAGCGCUGAAAGCAGCGCCUAG